AUGGCCCGGGACGUGGAGAGCCUGGCGCUGUCCCUGCAAGCCCUGCUGAGUGAAGACAUGUACCGACUGGACCCCACUAUGCCCCAGAUGCCCUUUAGGGAGGAGGUAACCCACAUACUCAGUCCAGUUUGUUUCCUUCCCCUGCGAGACGCCAGCUGCUUUGGCCUCUUGGCUAUCUGGAGCCAUAGCUUGACACCCAAGAAACUGUGGGAGCAGCACACAGCAGUGGAGGAAUAUCAGCAAGAGUUUAUAGCCAAGUGGAGGUCCCUGGACCUGGAUGUGCUGCUGGUGCCAGUUCUGGGCUCUGCCUUCUAUAUAGGCUCUUCCUCCCUAGCAUCAGAAAGCCAGUUUUACGUGACUCUGUACAACCUCCUGGACUUUCCCGCGGGCGUGGUGCCUGUCACUAUCGUGACACUACAGGACGAGGAGGAACUGGCCUUCUACAAGGGCUGCUACGGAGAUAGUUCUGACAAAAAUUUCUCGGAGGUGUACCCACCCAAUGUCUGCCACCCUGAGGAGCCCCUGGAAGGACCAAGACUCAGGGUCCUCGCUGUGGGCCUCUGCAGCUCGUGGAAGCCACCCAUAUAAAGAAGUCCAGGCUAUACUCCUAGAGGCCACAUGGAAGAGAACUGAGGCACCCCAGCUGACAGCCAGCACUAACUGCCAGCCAUGUGAGUGAACUUUCCUAGAACAGGACCCUCCAGCUCCCAUCAAUCAAGACUGAAGAUGAUACAGCCCUGGACAGCGCGGCUUGACUGCAGCCUCAUGAGAAACCCAGAGUCAGACCACCCAGCUAAGCUGCUCCUGGAUUUCUGACCCUCAGAAACUAUGAUACAAUAAAUAUUUGUUGCAAGCCA